CUCAACACCUCGCUUGACAAACAAGGAAUCGGGACCUUCUCCCUUCCGCUAACUUAGCGACCAACUGCUGGUACUGGUACAGUCCUACAGUAUCGGCCAUUCCCCGACACCGUUGAUAAGUCAACUCACAGGGCCGAGCAAAGCCAGGCGAAGGAAUCAUGGCACAGGACAUCCUUUUCACGUACGGUUAAUGCUUCCCCUUGCCUGGCGGGCUACGUCAUCCAAACUAAAAGCUCUUCUGGUUGUGAAGGCUCGCGAUCGUAACCACAAUAAUCUUCAUGCUCAUAUGUAUCCGCUCCGUGCUGUUGCGUAGGGCAAAGAUUGCUCAACAACAGCAGGUAGCGGAGAUACUCGGGCAAGCCGAAAGAGGGAUACCGGCCGGGCAGUUGGCGGGUGCCGCUCGUGUGGAUUCCAUGCUCAGGUGGGCAUUCAUUUCUUCGAACGGUUGACGGGAAGGCGAAUUCAAUUGACGGUUAUGUGCACUGUAUUAGGCCUGCGCCGGUUUAUUUCUUCGAUACAAGGCCUCCGCCGGUUCGUGUGCGUCCAAAUGCCAAUGAAGAGGUCGCUAUCGAACCCUUGCCAGUUUACGAAGCGCCACCGCCAAAGUAUGAUAAUGUCGUCAAAGGGACACAGCCACCGGUGGAGAUGGGGAACAUCGAGCGUGGCGAGCCUUCGGGGGCAGCGGGGGCGGGAAAUAAUCCACCCGAAUACAGUCAAGAGAGGGAAGGGGACGAAGGAGUUGUUGUUGUCAGUGUUGCUACGGAUGGGAGUCAUGCCACCGUUCAAGAGGGUGAGCCCAGAAGAGGGAUAUUCUCAACCGCAAGGCCAUUCUGCUGGUUUGGGCUAUUGGGUGGAUCGCGGGGGUAGUGGGUGAGUGAUCAGGGCAGGAGCCGAACGCGCUUCAUUUGGCUUGAGCUUACGCCUCGGAUUAAGAGGGUGCGAGCCUUUGUCUCCCCACCUUGGGCUGAGUUCGCGUGUUUUUGUGCGAUAUAUUUCUUGAUCACGUCGGCAAUAGGCCUAUAAAACACGGGCGCUUUGACAAUCGGUCCCGGACCCAGUGUUUUUGCUAUUCCUAUACUUGCUCGCACUCUUACCCUAGCUUUACUCCCGGAUUUGAGUCAUCUCUCUUUCCUUACCUGUCCACAAAGUUUCCGGGUUUGCUAUUCUUGCUCUUGCUGGGAAUCCCUGAAAUCCUGUGGUGGGUAGUUUUUCUAGCCACGGAGUUUGAUGUACGGCUGUUUUCUCAAUUUUUCUUGCUCAUGCGAGUCCUUUUGAAGUGGGGUUUUGAUUUCAGUCGGGGUGUUGUUUCACCUUCUUGCUCUCUUUCACGGAAGUUUGAGGAUCAAGUGAUGCUCAUAUAUACCAAAAAAGGUGGACGUAAUUUAAGGGUUCGGUCUUGAAAGAGAAAACACUUGACACUGCAGCCUACAACAUGAUAAAAACCCGGUCACAUCUGUGCAGCCUGUCAGACAUGUCUCGCGGGGUUCCCUUGAUCGUUUGUAUUACAUUUCUUCCAUGAUAUGAAGUUCAAUUCCUGGGCGGGAGACGGGUUUCGCGCAUUGGCAACCCCGCAUGUAUGCUAUUGCCACUUCGGAGGACAGCCACAGUAUCUCUAUAAAAGACACAUAUUUUGGAGUAGG